CGUUCGGUGACGUCAAACGGCUACUGUCAGGAAUGCACAGCACUGAAAAUGUUGCUGGUAUGUAGCAAUCAUCGCGGCCUGGGAAGUCCGUUAAAGUUGGAAUCAAUCAACGAUCACACAGUCAAUGUACAACCGAGCCGGACCCACAGCACCGGAAGCGUGGCAGCCAUGGGACACACGACAGUCACACCGAACGCACCGGCUAUCCAGUCGUCGGUCUCGUCCGCCCCGAACCUGGUCGGCUCGACCGGCCUGGCGAAGGACUGCGCCGGCUGCGGGAAGCGCAUCACCGAGCGCUUCCUGCUGAAGGCGCUCGACCUGUUCUGGCACGAGGACUGCCUCAAGUGUGGCUGCUGUGAUUGCCGCCUCGGCGAGGUCGGCUCAACGUUGUAUACUAAAGCGAACCUAAUACUAUGUAAGCGAGACUAUCUUAGACUGUUCGGCACGACCGGCUACUGUGCGGCGUGCAACAAGGUGAUACCGGCCUUCGAGAUGGUUAUGCGCGCCAAGAACAACGUCUAUCAUCUGGAGUGCUUCGCCUGUCAGCAGUGCAAUCAUAGAUUCUGCGUCGGUGAUCGUUUCUAUUUAUGUGAUAAUAAAAUUUUAUGCGAGUAUGACUACGAGGAGCGGCUAGUGUUUGCCAGUAUGGCGUGUAACCCAUCUAGCUUAGCGCACAUUCGGAGGCAAGUUAGUAAUUUACAGCCCGCCGGAGAAAAUCUCAUCCCCGGUGCUGGUAUCGGCGGUGGACGUAUGCCACCAGCCGGCGCUAAUAGACCUCCAUACGUAACGGACAAGCUCGCUCUACCGAACCCCCAGCAGCCCCAGCAAUCGCAGCAACAACCUCAGCAACUACCCUCGAUGGGCCCGGCGGUGGCGUCCUCGUCCUCGUCGUCGUCGUCAUCGUCCUCGACAUCCCUGUCCUCGACGAUGGCUCCGAGCAAUGCGCUGCUGACCUCUCCGACACAGCACCUGCAGCCGCAGCAGCAGCAGCAGCAACACCAUCCCAGCAACCUGGGCCCGCACCGGGACGACGGCUCCAGUGGCUACGGGAGCCCCGACUCGGAGACGUUCGAAACGCCGAACGGCACCAGCCAAUGA